AUGAGCAGCGGCGGGACGGCGGCCGUGUCUCCACACGAGCCGCAGGCCUUCAAAAGGGCGGUGCGCAAGAUCAAAUGCGCCGCCAUGGUGGCGGGUUUGGCCAAGAGCUGGCAGGGCUGGGCCUCGGAUCACGCCGGGAAGCAGGACGCCAUCCCUAGCGGCUGGAUGCCCGCCUCCAUCGAGGGGGAGGACGGAAAGGGGCGGAGCCUGGGUCAGACGGGCGGGGUUAAGCCAGGCGUGGUCCAGACGGGUGGGGUUAAGCCGGAAAUGGUCCAACCGGGCGGGGUUAAGCCAGAAAUGGUCCAGACGGGCGUUGUCCAGCCGGGCGUGGCCCAGCCGGGCGGGGUCCAGGCGGGCGGGAUUAAGCCGAAAAUGGUCCAACCGGGUGGGGUUAAGCCAGAAAUGGUCCAGAUGGGCGUUGUCCAGCCGGGCGGGGCCCAAUCGGGCGGAGUCCAGCCGGGCGGGGUUAAGCAGGGCAUGGUCCAGACGGGCGUGGCCCAGCCGGAAAUGGUCCAGUUGGGCGGGGUCCAAUCGGGCGUGGCUCGGCCGGGUGGGGUUAAGCCGGAAAUGGUCCAGCCGGGCGGGGUUAAGCCGGACCUGGACUCCGUCAACGCCAUCCGGACCAGCGCCGUCGUCAAAACCGUGCGUCCCAAACGGGACCCGAGCAACGCCCUGGUGAGCGCCAUCCGGGGCAAGAUGGAGGCCGGGCCCCAGGAGCACCGGCCCUUCCUGGGCAACGAGUCGCCCACGCGGCGCCGGCAGAUGCGGGCGCUGCAGGGCGCCGCCGGGGGCGGGGGGGGGGCGGGGGGGGCGCUGGUCCAGGACAGGAAGCUGCUGCUGAGGGAGAAUAGCAGCCUGGACGCGGAGGACAGCGGGCCCGGGGAGGACGGCGAAUCAAAGGCCGAGCAGAACGAGGGAGAGGCCGCCGCCCACGGCAACAAGCACAAGAUCAAGAUCACCUCCAUGAGCGACAUCAAGAGCCGCUGGCAGCAGUGGUCCGAGCAGCACGUGGUGGGCCAGAAGCUCAACCCCUUCAGCGAGGAGUUCGACCACGACUACGCCAUGGCCCAGCGGCUCCGCAAGGGCGACUCGGGCUACGGCCGGCCAAAAGACGGCUCCAAAACGGCCGAGCGGGGCGACCGGGCCCAGCGCCACAUCCACCGCGAGAUGGAGGAGAUGGUGUGGAUCAUCAGGGACAUGGGCCUCCAGGACCGGGAGGGCCGCACCGCCAUCACGUUCGGCCGCCUCUUCGACCGCUACGUGAAGAUCUCGGACAAGGUGGUGGGCAUUUUGCUGCGCUGCCGCAAGCACAAGAUGCUGGACUUCGAGGGGGAGAUGCUGUGGAAGGGGCAGGACGACGAGGUCAUCAUCACGCUGAGGGACUGA